ACGCGAGAGGAGAAUACGAAAGUAAAACCGCAGCGCUGCCAAUAAGACAUUUAUUUAUUUUAUCAAAAUAUCAAUAAUAUAUAAAUAGUGCAAUUUACAACGUAUUUUACGGUGUGUGGCGUGUGUGCCAACGCAUUGCAUUUGGUGUAGCACACAAAUAAAAAAAAGAAAGAAAAAAGUUAUAAAAGUAAAGUACAAAGAAAAGCAACUCAACUUCACAAUUUGCCGAUUCCCAAAUCCCGCUGCGGACAAAGGAUAAUUACGCAAACGCUAGAGCAACAACACAGUCACGACUCGACGAUGUCAACCGGAAGGCCCAUAAAAUGUGUCGUCGUUGGCGACGGUACUGUCGGAAAGACUUGCAUGCUAAUCUCCUACACAACAGAUAGUUUUCCCGGUGAAUAUGUGCCUACAGUCUUCGAUAAUUACUCGGCACCUAUGCAAGUGGACACAAUACAAGUGUCGCUGGGAUUGUGGGAUACAGCCGGUCAAGAGGACUAUGACCGCUUGAGACCGCUCUCCUACCCACAGACAGAUGUUUUCCUGAUAUGCUACAGUGUGGCGAGUCCCUCGUCAUUCGAAAAUGUCACCUCCAAAUGGUAUCCAGAGAUCAAACAUCACUGCCCCGACGCUCCCAUCAUACUUGUUGGCACCAAAAUCGAUUUGCGUGACGAUCGCGAGACAUUGAGCGGCUUGGCCGAACAGGGUUUGACGCCGCUUAAGCGCGAGCAAGGUCAAAAGUUGGCGAAUAAAAUACGCGCUGUGAAAUACAUGGAAUGCUCCGCCUUGACGCAGCGCGGCCUCAAGCAAGUAUUUGAGGAAGCGGUGCGCGCUGUACUGAGGCCAGAGCCGUUAAAGCGACGCCAGCGAAAGUGUUUAGUUAUGUAAAUAAGCAGCGUGUUAUUUGCUUGGAACCGGCGUCAAUGGAUACUCAGAAUCGAUGUAGAAAUCAGCGACAAACAGCGAAGAGACAGAGAGAAAACGAGAGAUACCCUCACUCCAUAAUACAGAUACAAAAGAAAACAACAUUCAUACAACACUCAUAAACCAAGGGAGCGCCCUCAUCUCUACCUAAGCGUGAACAAAUCAAUUCGAAUAUUUGAUUCAUUGAGCAUGAACAUAAUUUUUAAUAAUUGUAUAAGUUGAAAGUAUUUUUUGCAUACUAUUUUAUUUAAAACCACACAUAUGGCACAAACAAAACACUACGACUCCCUCCCAUUAGAACUAAAAAAAAAUACAUACAAAAGAAAAUAAGUAAAACUAAAUAACAAGAAUACAGCAGCUACACA